AUGCUGGCGUGUAGCCACAUACUGCUGUUGCGCGGCUAUGCCUUCGCUGAGCCGUGGAAGCUUCGGCCCCACGUGAUCGUGCUCUUCCACCACGAGGAGCUUGGACAACACUCCGCCACAAACACAGCGGUACUGCUUUUGCUCCUCGGAGCAGAUCUGUUUUGCUGCGGACAUCCGGAGCACGACGAGCGCUUACAGGCACUGCUGAGGGAGGAUGUGGCUGGCACCGCUGUCCUUUUCCCAUCAGCGGAUGCACUGCCGGCGGCUGCUCUGGCUGAGGCACAGCCUCCCCGGAGGAUCGUAAUUCUGGAUGGAGGCUGGGCUCAGUGCAAGAAGAUGAACCAGUGGCUUGACCCAGCCCUCCCGAGGUGUGUCGUGGAAACUGCCACCAGGGAAGAGUUCGGCGCCACCAGGCGCUACCGCGGGGCCCAAAGCGGUCGCGUCCAGACGGCCUCGGCCUUCGCGGCCCUCUGCCGGGAGCUCCGCGAGGACCCGCAGGAGGUCCAAGCGGUGGCGCAGGGGCUUUUCGCUUUCAUGAGCAGUUUCGAGGCCCAAAUGGGCCCAGCCGGACGUCUCACUGUGUUAGAGCAGAGGGAAGCUGGUCGGCAACAUUUGUUGGAAAAUCGGAUCCUGCCCAUGAUGCUGCAGUAUUGCAGGGAUGUAACAUGGCUGUCACAAGAACGGGCUGGAGGUGUCUCUCUCCUGCCUGUGCGAUACGAUGAAGAGAAGGAAGGCUCGCAACUGCCGGAUCCGGUCUCCGCUGGCGUGGCGAUCUUCUCACUAGCGCAGCCGCUGUCGUUUCUGUCCAUGGUCUUCUACUGGACUGUCGAGAAGCCCAUAUGGGCGAUCCAUUCGGAGGAUCUCCCGGACUACCUGGGCUUCUUCGUUCACUGCAUUAGCUGGCUUCUGACGCUCAUCAGCCUUUUCUGCAGCCGCAUCCCGUUCUCCUGCCAACAUGGCGGGUGGGUGCUGAUGUUUGGGCUCGCCUACUUGGUCUUCUCCUUCAUGCACUACUGCUUGAAGAUAGGAUUGCCACACGGGUGCACAGGCUACGUCCAGCCAGAGUGCCCUAUCUACGAGGUCCUGGACUGGCACAAGCCCGAGGAUGUCGCGACAGUCUCCUUCUUGACACUUGGAGUCGCCUUUCCCACGGCCAUCAUUCUGUACUCCUGGAUGGUGCAUCUGCGGGAUUCCUGCGACGGCAAAGCCGACCUCAGGGAGAUGGACGACAUCAUCAGGAGGCAGAUGGAAGCCUUGCAGGCGGCAUUUUUGCAGUACUGA